CUCUCUCUCUCUAGUUCAAAGCGUAAAACCCAAAUCUUUCCCUGCAAAACCCUAACACAAACCAGAGAAGGACAGAAACCCAGACCGGAAAUGCAUCACUCUCUCCCGUCGCUUUUCUUCCUUCACCUGAUCCUCUCCCAAGGUUUUCCCACACUUUCCCGCCGAUUCUCGCCGUCCAAACACAACCUAACACUGUACGGAGACGCCUUCUUCCGCAACAACACCAUCUCCCUCACCCAGCAGCGACAACAGCCCUGCCUCUCCUUCGCCGCCUCUCCCCCCAGCAUCGGCCGAGCACUCUACGUUUACCCAAUCAAAUUCCGGGAAUUCUCCACCAACACGACAGCCUCCUUCUCCUGUCGCUUCUCCUUCUCCAUCGUCUCUUCCCCUUCUUGCCCCUUCGGCGACGGCUUCGCCUUCUUGAUCACUUCCAACGCCGACUCCUUCGCCUUCUCCAAUGGCUUCUUGGGUCUCCCCGACCCGCAAGAUUCCUUCGUCGCCGUCGAAUUCGACACGGGUUUUGACCUGGGUCAAGGCGAUAUCAACGAUAACCACAUCGGAAUCGAUAUGAACUCCGCUGUCUCGUUUGCUUCUGUUGAUGCGAUAUCCAAAGGGGUUGAUCUCAAGAGCGGGAGAAAGAUGAUGGCCUGGAUCGAGUACAGUGACAUGCUCAAAUUCAUCAGGGUCUGGGUCGGGUACUCGGUGGUGAAGCCUGCGAGUCCUGUUUUAGCGACACAGAUCGAUCUCUCCGACAAGCUCAAGGAGUAUAUGCACGUUGGUUUCUCCGCUUCCAACGGUCCUGGAUCAGCUCUGCAUAUCAUCGAGCGUUGGAAGUUUCGAACUUUUGGGUCUUACCCAGAUGGAAUUCAAGACGAAGAACAAGAUGAAGAUUGUUUGGUCUGUUCUCGCGAAGAUUUCGGGAACAGAAGCGAGAAACUUCGCCGUAAAGGCUUCAACUUUAGGAUUUCUGUUCUUGGAUUGAAGCUCCCUUUCUCGUAUUUGCUUCCCGCUUUAACCAUGGUCGUGAUUCUUAUCGGAUUCAUCGUUUUCCGGGUAAUGCGAAACAAAAGGGUCGGCGAAAUUCCAGAAGAAGAAGAAGGAAAAGAAGAAGAAGACGAGGAUGAGAGGAAUUCGACGCUCAGUAGAAUACCGGGAAGGUUGUCGUUGGCCGAGUUGAAAUCUGCGACAAAGGGGUUUGACGAAAACGCCAUUGUCGGUCAAGGAGCUUCGGCAACUGUCUACAAAGGGUCAAUCCCAACGAUCGGAUCAGUUGCCGUGAAACGCUUCGAUCGAGCCCACUGGCCACAGUGCAACCGAAAUCCGUUCACCACAGAAUUCACAACCAUGACAGGUUACUUACGGCACAAGAAUCUCGUCCAGUUUCAGGGCUGGUGCUGCGAAGGAACAGAAACAGCCCUAGUGUUCGAGUACUUGCCCAACGGAAGCCUCAGUAACUUCCUCCACAAGAAACCCACCUCGACCCACCCAUCGGAAGAACCCCUAAUCCUCUCGUGGAGACAGCGGGUCAACAUCAUCCUGGGCGUGGCCUCCGCCCUCACCUACCUGCACGAAGAAUGCGAGAGACAGAUCAUCCACAGAGACGUAAAGACCUGUAACAUCAUGCUGGAUGCGGAUUUCAAUGCGAAAUUGGGCGAUUUCGGGUUAGCCGAGGUGUACGAGCACAGCUCAGAAGUAACCGGCCGAGACGCCACCCUCCCGGCAGGAACGAUGGGAUACUUAGCGCCAGAAUACGUAUAUUCCGGUGUACCGUCGGAGAAAACAGAUGUGUACAGCUUCGGGAUCGUGGUUCUUGAGGUAUGCACGGGCCGUAGACCGGUGGAAGAGGACGGGACGGUGCUGGUGGAAAUGAUGUGGAAGUUGUGGGAGAGAGGGAAGGUUCUAGAAGGAGCGGAUGUGAAGCUGAAAGGAGAGUUCGAGGAGGAAGAGAUGGAGAGAGUGGUGAAGGUCGGGAUGGUUUGUGCUCAUCCCGACUGUGGGAAGAGGCCGAGGGUGAAGGAGGCGGCCAUGAUCAUAAGAGGGGAGGCUCUUCCGCCGGUUCUGCCGAGGAAGCGGCCGGUGGUUAGCAUCGGCUCCGCCGGCUUGGAGGAGGACGGAGCAUAUCUAAUAUCUUGA